CGUUGUUUAAUAAUACUAAUUUAUGGUAUCUAGCAGAUGAGCUUUCUGUGUUUAGAAAGAGAGAGAGGGAUGGAGAAGGGAGUGAAACUCGGAGGAAGAAGAAGACAAUCGUCCUCAACCUCUCCGUCCCCGUGCCUGCCUGCCUCCCUCCUUCCCGUGUGCAGCACACACAUCCCAAACCGUGGGAACGCGCGUUCAGAAGGUGGUGUCUGAAGGUCGCUGCGAGGGUCGAUGUCUGAGGCAAUCCUUGUAACGUCACUCCAUUUUGACUUCGGCGCUUAGGAUAGCUCGAAGUGGGUACCCGCUCGGACCCUAAAAGUUCAUUCUCCUGCUGGUUUUGCAGGUGCUCGAGUGCAGGGCUCGCAGAGCCAGUCGCCGAGCCCGUCGUCUCUCGUCCGAGCUUUGGCGGGGCAGGGGAUCGAGGCAGAAUUCGAUUUAAUCCAAUCCAAUCCAUCCCGAUCGAUCGAGCGAUCGCGUCACCGGCCAGGGCCUCGAUCGAGUUGGAAGGGCUGGUCGAUGGACUGGGGCGGCCGCUAAGAUGCCUGAUGCGCAGGGCGAGAGCUGGAUGGAGGCGAAUGCGAGGACGAUGGUGCGUCGAGCUCUAGGAUGGCACACGCGAACUACGUGAUCUUGAGCGAGAGGGACAUUCGGGCGCGACAGGACGAGGCGAUCGGCACCAUCGCGGGCCUGCUCAAGGUGUCGGCGCCCGACGCGGGCAUUCUGCUGCGCCACUUCAAAUGGAGCGUGAGCAAAGUGAUCGAUCAGUGGUUCGGCGACGAGGAGGGCGUGCGGCGUAGCGUGGGGCUGCUGCGCCCGUCGCGGCCCGAGUUCCAGCGACGGACGAGCCGGCGCCCGAGCCAGCAGCAGGAUGUGCAAUGCACCAUCUGCCUGGACGCGUUCUCGUUCGCGACGGCGUGCAACAUGAAGGCCGCGCCGGCGUGCGGGCAUUUCUUCUGCGACUCGUGCUGGACGGGCUACAUCCACACGGCCAUCAGCGACGGCCCCGGCUGCCUCACGCUGCGCUGCGCCGACCCGAGCUGCGGCUGCGCCAUCGGCGAGGACAUGGUGCACGCGCUGGUCGCGUCGCCCGACGAACGCCGGAAGUAUACACGCUUCCUGCUGCGCUCGUUCGUCGAGGACAACCGCAGGGCAAAAUGGUGCCCGGCGCCGGGCUGCGAGUACGCCGUGCUGGGGCUGGCGCCGGGCGCGCCCGGCGCGGGCGACGUCCAGUGCAAAUGCUCGUUCCGAUUCUGCUGGCACUGCUCGGAGGAGGCGCACCGGCCCGUCGACUGCGACACGGUGGGCAAAUGGCUGGGCGACCUCAAGGUAAACGGCGAGUCCGAGAACAUCAACUGGAUCCUGGCCAACUCGCAGCUUUGUCCGAAGUGUAAACGCCCCAUCGAGAAGAACCAGGGAUGCAUGCACAUGACCUGCACGCCGCCGUGCAAGUUCGAGUUCUGCUGGCUGUGCCUGGGCGACUGGCGCGACCACGCCUGCAACCGGUACGGCGCGGGCGGGGGCCUUGGCGCGAUGCGCGAGGACAGCGAGGCCUACCGCCGGCGCGACAUGGCCAAGAGCUCGGUCGACCGCUACACGCACUACUACGAGCGGUGGGCGACGAACGAGACCUCGAGGGCCAAGGCGCAGGCCGACCUGCGCCAGAUGGAGGCCGUGCACCUGGCGCGGCUGAGCGACGUGCAGUCGCAGCCCGUGUCGCAGCUCAAGUUCGUCGCGGGGGCCUGGCGCCAGAUCGUCGAGUGCCGGCGCGUCCUCAAGUGGACCUACGCCUACGGCUUCUACCUGCCGGACGCCGAGCGCGCCAAGCGCCAGUUCUUCGAGUACCUGCAGGCCGAGGCCGAGGCCGCGCUCGAGCGCCUGCACCGCUGCGCCGCGACGGACCUGCUCGUCUUCCUCGACCUCGACGACCCCGCGCUCUUCAACGACUUCCGCAUCCGCCUCCAGGGCCUGACGCACGUGACCCGCAGCUACUUCGAGAAUCUCGUCAAGGCCCUGGAGUCCGGCCUGACGGACGUCGUCCCGGCGCGCCUUCCGGACGCCGCCGCGGUCGCGGUCGCGGACGACGACGACGAGGGCGUGAGCAUUUAG